AUGAUUCAGCAAAUCAAAACUUGACACGUUGACACAGUGAGUAUUUUGGGCUGGAAAAAGCCCACAAGGUGAGUACUAACUACUAAAAACCAGUAAAAUCCCUAAAACCAGUGGCAGUAAAAUCCCCAAACUCAGAAAUGCCUCGAAAGCCUCGAAGAACCAAAGUCUUCAACUUCAGUAAAUGCCUGACUCCUGGUUUGGUCCCCAUGCCGGAAACGCCUCCGCCGUCUCCGCCGCGUGAAGAAUUGAUAGAAGAAGUUGGAGAGAAUGACCCUAAUGUAACUGAUUCAAUUAUGAGCAAUGAAAUCUUCACCAAGGGAGCACUGGUUGAGGUUAGCAGUGAUGAAGAAGGAUUCCAUGGUUCUUGGUUUGCUGCCACUGUAGUGAAAUCUGUGGGGAAAGACAAGUUCCUUAUUGAGUACAAGUGCUUGAGGACAGAGGAUGAUUUGGCACUUCUGAGAGAAGAGGUUGAUAACAUGCACAUACGACCUCAUCCACCAGAAAAUGUUGUUGAUCAUUUCAAGCAACUUGACGAGGUUGAUGCUUUGUACAAUGAUGGGUGGUGGGUUGGUGUUAUUUCUAAGGUUCUAAGAGGUUCAAGGUACAUAGUCUACUUCAAGGAAACCUGUGAGGAACUUGAAUAUCAGCACUCUGAGUUAAGGCUUCAUCAGGACUGGAUUGAUGGCAAAUGGGUUAUCCCAUCUCGGGAGUUAAAGUUAUAGUUCUGUGGAAAAUGGAAUUGCCUGAAAAAAAAUGGAAUUGUCUGAAGUAAUUGGGAGACCUUAUCUUAUUUAGUCGAUCACUUUGCCU